CUUCAACCCUAAAUCGCAAGAUCUCGCGAUAAUACACUAUCUAUGCGCGUGCGCAGGUUCGCGCACGUCGGAGGAGCUGAGUUGGAGGAUCAUGGCGGAGCGCAGGAAGCACAAGAAACGGAUCCAGGAGGUGAGCGAGCCCACCAAGGAUGAGAAGGCGGUGGCCAAGUACCUCCGAUUUAACUGUCCCACCAAGUCCACCAACAUGAUGGGCCAUCGAGUCGACUACUUCAUCGCCUCGAAGGCCGUGGACUGCCUGCUGGACUCCAAGUGGGCGAAGGCUAAGAAGGGCGAGGAGGCGCUGUUCACCACCAGGGAGUCUGUGGUGGAUUACUGCAACAGGCUCCUGAAGAAGCAGUUCUUCCACCGGGCUCUCAAAGUGAUGAAGAAAAAACCAGAGAAGGAGAUCAAGAAAGAGAAGGAGAAGGAAAAAGAGAAGGAGAAAGAGAAGGAGAAGGAAAAAGAGAAAGAGAAGGAGAAGGAGAAGACCAAGGGCGACAGCAGCAAAGAGGAGGAGAAAAAAGGGAAGAAGGAGAAAGAGAGGAAGAAAGAGUCCGAAGUUGCUGAAACCAAGAAGGAGAAGAGCGAUGACAGUCCUGGAACUCCCAAGAAGAAGAAAGACGUGAAGAAGAAAUUCAAACUGGAGCCUCAUGAGGAACAGCUGUUUCUAGACGGAAACGAGGUGUUUGUCUGGAUUUACGAUCCUGUUCAUUUCAAGACGUUCGCCAUGGGACUGAUACUCGUCAUUGCAGUGAUCGCAGCCACGCUGUUCCCUCUGUGGCCGGCAGAGAUGCGAGUUGGAGUUUAUUAUCUGAGUGUAGCCGCAGGCUGCUUCGUGGCCAGUAUUCUGCUUCUCGCUGUCGCUCGCUGCAUCCUCUUCCUCAUCAUCUGGGUGGUGACGGCCGGACGCCACCACUUCUGGUUCCUCCCCAACCUAACGGCCGACGUGGGCUUCAUCGACUCGUUCCGCCCGCUCUACACUCACGAUUACAAGGGGCCGAGAGCCAAGAAGGACAAGAUGGACGACAAGGACGAGGGCGGCAACAAGAAAUCAGACAGCGACGAGAAGUCUGACAGUGAGAAGAAGGACGGCGAUGAGGAGGAGGAGGAGGAGGAAGAGGAGGAGAGCAAAGAGGUGGAGGAGAGUAAAGAGGUGGAGGGGGGGGGGACGGGGGCGGAGCAUCACUCAGACACAGACAGCGACCGGCGGGAGGACGAGGGCUCGCAGCACAGCAACGGAAACGACUUUGAGAUGAUCACCAAGGAGGAGCUGGAGCAGCACACUGAGGAGGAGGAGGAGGAGGAGGAAGAGAGGAAAGAGGAGGAGGAGGAGGAGGAGGAGGAGAGGAGAGGAGGAGGAGAGAGAGGAAGGAGGAGGAGGAAGAGAGGAAAGAGGAGGAGGAAGAGAGGAAAGAAGGGGGGGAGAAUGAGACGAGUCCCCAGACUGCUGAAACAUAAACUUCUUACAAUCCCAUCACACUUUCUCUCUCUCUCUCUCUCUGCCCCCCCCCCCUCCCUCCCUCCUGCCGAGGCCGAGGAGCCGCUCCAUCUCUUCGUGUUGAGAUCUUCCACUAAACAGCACCAGGAUGGACACGUAGGGGAAAAUAGAUAAUGGCUACGACAAUGGGGGGAUCAUCUAAAAGAAGCCUUACAGAGGAUCCGAGUCCUCCCACCCACAUGUUAUUUAUGUCAAAACGAAAACUGCCACCGACUUGUUUGCCUGAGGAAAGUUUGUCCUUUCUGUUCCUCACGUCACUUUCUUUUGGUGUUGUUUCCUCUCCAAAUGUUUUAUUUAUGUCCCCUUUCUUUAAAAGUCUGUGUCA